GAAGGAUAUAACAAGGUGGUUGUAUAGCAAUUCAAAAUAGCAAAGGAUCUUCUUGGCUUUUGCUUCUACUUCUCACAACAACUAAUCACCCCCUUAUUGUCCAUCAAUUCCAUCUCUAUUCCUGAACUGAAAUGGGGAAAGGCGAAGAGUUCAAGCGUGUUUUCGAGUACUUCGAUGAAGAUGGUGAUGGGAAAAUAUCAGCUUCGGAUUUGAGACAUCGGUUGGGUGCCAUGGGUGGAGAUCUGUUUUCAAAAGAGGUAAAUGUUGCAGUUGAGGCAUUUGAUUCUGAUGGGGAUGGGUUCUUGUGUUUGGAGGAUUUUAUUGGGUUAGUACAAGGAGGGGGAGAGGAAGAGAAGAUAAAGGAUUUGAGAGAAGCCUUUUCAAUGUAUGAUACAGAAGGGUGUGGGUUUAUCACACCCAAGAGUUUGGAAAGGAUGCUCAGCAGAUUGGGUGACUCAAAGUCCAUUGAUGAAUGCAGAGUGAUGAUCAAACAGUUCGAUUUGAAUGGGGAUGGUGUUCUUUGUUUUGAAGAAUUCAGAAUCAUGAUGCAGUGAUAAUUAUUCGUUAAGAAUUCUUUUUAAUGCAAUCGUCAUCUUAAUUAUCAUCAUCUUCUUAUCAUCUCAUGAUGUAGUAUUGGAUGAUUGUAUUUAUUAUAUUUCAAUCAU